AUGGCUUGGAUCGACAACCUUCAAGGCUUCUUUGACAAACCUGGAAUUCCUUGGAAGUCAAUUGUUCUGGCAUUUACCAUUGGACAAUUUUCCUUCGAAACAUAUUUGACUUUCCGUCAAUACAGGGCCCUGAGCAAAAAAGGACUUCCUAAAGUUCUUGAAGGAGAAAUCGAUGAAGAGACUGUAGCGAAAGCUGAGGACUAUUCACGCGCGAAGGCCAAAUUUGCCAUAUUUUCAGACGUGUUUUCGCUGGUUCAAAACCUGUGCAUUAUGAAGUUUGAUGUCCUUCCCAGAAUGUGGCAUUGGGGAUUGCUCUUGGCCAAGAGAAUGCCAACUAAGUUGGCGCCUACGUCAAUCAUUGGUCAAAGUUUGUAUUUCGUUUGUGUUUUGAGCAACAUUUCAACUCUGUUAGGUCUUCCCCUCUCUUAUUACCAGCACUUUGUGCUGGAGGAGAAAUUCGGGUUCAAUAAGUUGACAAUCAAACUCUGGUUUAGCGACCUGGUCAAGAGCACGACUCUCAGCGCCGUUAUAGGUAUGCCCUUAAUGUAUGCGUUCUUGAAGAUUUUUGAGUAUUUCCCCAGCAACUUCCUUUGGUACAUCUGCUCCUUCGUGCUAGUUGUUCAGAUAUUAGCGUUGACACUUGUGCCUGUUUUCAUCAUGCCUUUGUUCAAUAAAUUCACUCCUUUGGAGGACGGAGAACUCAAGACUUCCAUUGAAGCUCUUGCCACCAGAGUGAACUUCCCGCUCGACAAGAUUUUUGUCAUCGACGGCUCCAAACGCUCUUCUCAUUCCAACGCAUACUUCACCGGACUCCCAUUUACCAGCAAGCGUAUUGUGCUUUAUGAUACGCUUGUGAAAGACGCCUCGAUUGACGAAAUCACUGCAGUUUUGGCGCACGAAAUUGGCCACUGGCAAAAGAACCACCUUCUACGCAUGCUUGCCCUCAGCGAGGUUCACAUUUUCUUCCUUUUCACGCUGUUCACCGCCGCAUAUCAAAACAAAUCCCUAUAUGCUUCAUUUGGGUUCCAUUCAGGCCAUUUGUUGUCGCAAGAUCCUCGUCUAGUCUUUACCCAAGAAUUACCCAUUCUCGUGGGAUUCAUGCUCUUCAAUGAUCUUCUACAGCCACUAGACUGUGUGCUCAAUUUCUCAAUGAUGCUGGUUUCAAGACUACAUGAGUACCAAGCCGAUGCUUAUGCCAAGGGCUUAGGAUACUCUAAGGACCUCUGUCGCGCGUUGAUCAAUUUGCAGGUUAAAAACUUGUCUACAAUGAACGUGGACCCGCUAUAUUCCAGCUACCAUUACUCCCAUCCCACAUUACCGGAGAGACUCGAUGCGAUGGACUACCUGAGCGUCAAGAAGGGCAACUAA